CAUUGACGUAGACAGUGACGUAAAUCUAUCAUUGAAGACAGACCCUCGUCACUCCGUUGCCUAGGGUCAAGUCUUCCAGACCAGGUAAUGGUCCGGCUAUAGGGCAUAAGAGUGCCAUUUGGGACCCAGUAUAGACUCAGUACAGUAGGCCUCAUAGUCCCACAUCUAAUUUCCUUUAAACAAAGAAACACACUGACACCCUAAACUGAGAUUAGCAGAGAUGCCAGAAUAUGAACGUGAAUUACGACAACGUCGUCAUCACAUCACAGGGUUUGAAACGUGACUGUAGUUUCACGGAUGCAGUCCAGCAGAAACAUUAGUAUAAUCAUGUCCCCAUGGUGAAGGUGGAAGGGACAGAGAGGUGUUGCAUUGUACUACUGACAUUAGUAUAAUCAUGUCCCAUGGUGAAGGUGGAAGGGACAGAGAGGUGUUGCAUUGUACUACUGACAUUAGUAUAAUCAUGUCCCGUGGUGAAGGUGGAAGGGACAGAGAGGUGUUGCAUUGUACUACUGACAUUAGUAUAAUCAUGUCCCAUGGUGAAGGUGGAAGGGACAGAGAGGUGUUGCAUUGUACUACUGACAUUAGUAUAAUCAUGUCCCAUGGUGAAGGUGGAAGGGACAGAGAGGUGUUGCAUUGUACUACUGACAUUAGUAUAAUCAUGUCCCGUGGUGAAGGUGGAAGGGACAGAGAGGUGUUGCAUUGUACUACUGACAUUAGUAUAAUCAUGUCCCGUGGUGAAGGUGGAAGGGACAGAGAGGUGUUGCAUUGUACUACUGACAUUAGUAUAAUCAUGUCCCAUGGUGAAGGUGGAAGGGACAGAGAGGUGUUGCAUUGUACUACUGACAUUAGUAUAAUCAUGUCCCAUGGUGAAGGUGGAAGGGACAGAGAGGUGUUGCAUUGUACUACUGACAUUAGUAUAAUCAUGUCCCAUGGUGAAGGUGGAAGGGACAGAGAGGUGUUGCAUUGUACUACUGACAUUAGUAUAAUCAUGUCCCAUGGUGAAGGUGGAAGGGACAGAGAGGUGUUGCAUUGUACUACUGACAUUAGUAUAAUCAUGUCCCGUGGUGAAGGUGGAAAGGACAGAGAGGUGUUGCAUUGUACUACUGACAUUAGUAUAAUCAUGUCCCAUGGUGAAGGUGUAAGGGACAGAGACGUGUUGCAUUGUACUACUGACAUUAGUAUAAUCAUGUCCCAUGGUGAAGGUGUAAGGGACAGAGACGUGUUGCAUUGUACUACUGACAUUAGUAUAAUCAUGUCCCGUGGUGAAGGUGGAAGGGACAGAGACGUGUUGCAUUGUACUACUGACAUUAGUAUAAUCAUGUCCCAUGAACGUCCUGAAGGGAAUUCACUCGGGAGAACGUCCUGA